AUGAGAUUUUCUUUUGGAUUACUUUCAAUCGUCGCGACCAUCCUCAGCACUCCAGAGAUCAAGGCAGUUCCGACUCAUGGCUACUUUGGUAGACAUGGAGGCUUAUAUGGUGGAGGUUAUGGGGGUGGAUAUGGCGGCGGAUACGGGGCAGGAUAUGGAGGUUACGGUGGUGGAUACGGUGGAGGUUAUGGAGGUUAUGGAGGAGGUUAUGGAGGAGGUUAUGGCGGAGGGUAUGGAGGAGGUUAUGGCGGAGGGUAUGGAGGAGGGUAUGGUGGUGGUGGCGGACUCGGCUUUGGGCUCGGCGUUGGGUUAGGCGUCGGCAUCGGCAUCUGAGUAGUUCUUCCCUCUAGUCGGUGCUUGAUCAGGGGAUGAGUCGAAGCAGAUCAGGACGAGCUGACAACACUCAAGUAUGAUCCGAUUUUACCUUCUAAAAUUCAAGGAGCCUCGUCUAUUACGCUCUCUCCGCCUUCAAAAAUAAUUAAAUCACACACAUUCUUCAAGUCAUUUCUUCCAAUUUUUUUUUUCUUAGGGUGUAUCAUAUGGGUUAAUUGUCA